AUGACUGCACAAUCUCUCUUCGAACUCCUCAGGACGCUCGGUGUAAAAUUGUGUAACCCUAUUACAAGGGCAACAUGUUCAGAACGGGAACAGGGUGCGAAUGCCGUCUAACCAUAACAUUCUUUGACACAGGAACAUCAAAUAGUUUUGGAAAGACUCCUACACUGUCUUGUUAAACGUCAACCUUGGGUUUCCCAGACUUUAGUCUGCUAUUUGUACAGCACACAAACGCUUCAAAGGAAAUAAGAGGGAAUGUGCUGUAACAAUUAAUUUAAUUAAUGAAUUUUAAUUAAAAGAUUAAUUAGAACAAUUAAUUAGUUUAUUUUGAGAUCAAAAGUGAAAUUUUACAAACUGCUCUACCCGCAAAUAGCAGGGCUAAUCUAGGCGGAUAGAGCACGUCAGAAUAAUGAAAGUAAAGAAUUUGUUACUACAGCAACAAUCUAGGGUACCAGUCCAGGACACUUACCCCAAGGGAGAUAAACUAGAAUUUUUAGCCCUCAAAUGAGCAAUCUGCAAAGAAGGCAGGGGUUGCUUGUACUACGCGCCAUCAUUUACUGCGUACACCGGCAAUAAUCCCCUGGUUUCAAUUUCUGUGUUAUCUUUUUCUAGGUUGCAGAACUUACGGAUUUCAACUUUGACAUAAGAUAUAGAACUUGUAAAGUGGACAAAGACGCUGAUACAUUGUCAAGAAUUUCUCUAAAAAUCGCAAUACGUGAUCAGUACAACUUUGUCUGGCUUAAUAACAAUUGAGAAUGGUGAUGCCGUCUGCAUAGAUUACGAAUGAAAGUGGGGCAACAAAAACUAUGAACUUUGAUUUUCACUUCACUGACUCAAGAAAGACCUCGUGUUGAACUGGCGUCCCAGAAACUAGAUACAAGUAUUAGCAUAGAAAUAGAAUACAAAAGAGAUGGCGGCAAACCGGCUAUCCAUAAAAUCAGUAGGGUAUCCCUUACACGAGAAAACUGCUGCGUGAAUGGGCAAAGUAGAAGGGUGGAGGUGAUGGAUUUUAAAGAGAAAGGUGUGAAAAGAAAACUUGCAGUUGGUUCUGCCGUAGCAAUUCACUAUCUGGCCAAUAAAGAGCUAUACACCAGGAGAUGGUCCUCUCAAUUAGGAUCGGAGAGAAUACUGCAGUUAGCCCCAGAACGUUUUACUGGCCCUACAUGCAACGUGACAUCACUUUGUUUCUAUCCAAGAAGCGCAGCUGCUUAAAGAAGCCCAAAUAUUUCCACACUUGCCCGUAUCUCGUGUAUUCUAAUGACAGCACCGUUUGAGUUAAUAUCCAUUGACCACCAACACUUGAAAAAAAGCUAUGAUAUGAUAUGAUAUGAUAUAAGAAGAAGAAGAAGAAGAAGAAGAAGAAGUUUUGUUUAACGAAGGUAGAAACAUUAUUACCGGUUACCUAAUAGUUUUCAUAAUGGCCCUCUACAUAUAAAAACAAAAGCUAUAAGUUAAAAAGAAAAAAAAAAGAAAAUAAUUCUAUUAUUUUUUAUAAAUAUUUAAAAAGUUCUGCAAAUCUUCAAAUGUUCUAACGAGGCGUUGUCGUUGGUGAACUUAUCCUGAAGUGUUUUUUUGAACAUCGUAUGGGAAACUAUGUCUCUAUACGAGUGGCCUAAUUUGUUCCAUAGACGACAAGCACUUAAAUAAAACGUCCCAAGUCCUGAGGUUUGUUUUACAGGAAGGUGUCAGAACGUUGUUAUGGGUGGUACGUCUAAUUCUAUGACCAUGUGAAGAAUGGACAUGAAAUAUUCAGGACAGAGAUUUUGAUUCACUUUGUGUAGCAUGAGAAGGUUUCUUACGCGCACGAUGUCAUCUAUUGGCAGCCAAACUAAUUUAUCAAAGAGUUUUACAGAGCUGUCGUUUAUGUGGCAUCCAAAAUUAAUCUCGCACACAGUUUCUGUUGUCUCAAGAGCCUUUCGAGGUUUUCGACAGAGUACUUUCCCCAUACGGUACAACAGUAUUCUAGAAUUGGCUUUACGUGGACAUUAUAAAUCAUUUUUCUACAUUUAAUAGAUAAGUGGGUCUUUGCUCUCUUAAGGAGGCAUAUUCUAGAGUCAGCUUUUAAAUAAGGUAAUCAAUUUGUAAGUCUCAUGAGGGGUUGGCAUCGAUGACGACACCAAGAAGCUUUUCACCUAAUAAUUCUUCUAGCCUUGCGUUGUCAAUGGAAAAUUCUAAAGCAGCCUUUUCACAAUUACUGGGAUUUUUAGCAAUACCAAUAAGUAGAUGCUUGGUCUUUUCAGUGUUAGGUUUCACUUCGUUGAGUUUAAACCACCUGUUAGCUUCUCCUAGAUUCCUAUUCAGAGUUUGCUGUAUUUUAGUAUAAUUGGUUCCACUUGACCAAAUAGUUGUGUCGUCAGCAUAGAUGUCCACUUCAGUUUCCUUCAAAAUAAAAGGGAGAUCGUUCAUGUAGACAGAGGAGAGAAGAUGGCCUAAAAUCGAGCCCUGUGGGACGCCUCUGUCUAGGCUUGCUGGACUGGAAAGCACACCAUAUACUGAGCAGACGUGUUUACAUUCGGACAAGUAGGACCUGAACCAGUUAAUUGCAGUUGAGCCAGUGUGAUACUUGGAUAGCUCAGCUAUCAGGAUAUCAUGACUCACGAGGUCAAAAGCCUAACUGACGUCAACAAUAACUGUUCCUACGAGUUCACUGUUGUCCAUAGCCUUAAGCCAUAUGCCAGUGAUGUUUAGUGGUGCAGUUUUGUAGGAAUGAAAGGGCCGGUUGGUAGACUGGUUCUUGUAGUGUAGCUUGUUCGUAGUUAGGUGUCGGGGAUAGGCUGAUGCUACAUCUCAUUCCAAAGGUUUAAACAAAAUAGGCAAGACAGAUCUUGGGCGAUAAUUGCCUCUUUCGUUCGUUGAUUUAUGUUCUUUGUUUUUGUGAAGUGGUAUUACCCUGGCUUCUUUGAAUGUCGCAGGAAAGACACCUUGACUGAUGCUUGCUUUGUAAAUAUGCUCAAGACUCGGGGAUAUUGCUGGUAAAGCCUCCUUUAUUACACGAAUACUGCAGGGGCACCCAGCGAUGGUUUCCUCUUAAAUGCAUUGAAAACACUUUUUAGGUUAUCCAGAGUACUUUUAGGUCUCUAGAAAUGGAUUCUAAGCGGCGCUAUAAAAUUUGUAUCUGUUCGGUCAUCCUAGAGGAACUUGAGUCUUUUUUGAAUUACAAGGGCUGGAGUAAUAUUUUUCUGAAAAUUUAGACGAAAAUUGAACGUAUUACGAAAGUGAGACAAUUUCUGAUACCAAACGCCAUCACAUUUUUGAAUCCGCAAAUUUAAGGUUCCUUUUUUCUUCGAAAAAUAGCCUAACAUGGGAAGUAAGAUGUGAAAAUUAAACUUCUGAAAUCAGAAAAUCGUAGGGAAUUUAUAAGAUAAGCUCCGAAAAUUGUAGAUGAAUGGAACGGUCAUCUAGAAAUUUUUUAGCUGUCCUCAAGUAAUAGAAAAUUCUAAGCAAUAAUUGCUUCUCCGAACAGAUAUUUUACAGAAAACAGUCGUUGGGUGCCCCUGAUACUGAUGCCAUCAAGUCCGGUUUGUUUGAUGGUAUUUUUCUCACAUCUGCUUCUACAAUUUCCCUAAUAAUAGGCUGAACGGAGAAUUAAACUUUAUCAGUUAUUUGAGUAUUGACAAAGUUUAAUAGAAGAGCAUCAAGCUCAGAUUCUGCGGUUACCAGAUCUUCUGAUGGUUUGGGUGUUACAUUCAACGAG